AUGUUUCAUAAUAAUUUAAUGAGUGCUUUGCUUGGUACGAUGGGAGCUAUUAUUGAUCCACCAACACAACGUUCAACAAGCCCAACCAGCCCAAACGAAGACUCAGAUUCAGAUUCUUCAAGUGGAAGUAAUGGAACAAAUGUUUCUUCUUUGGAUGCGAUAUAUCUUACAACUUUAUUUCAAGAGAAUAAUAUUGAGGGAAUAACGAAUGAUGAUCAACAAUUCAUUAUGCAAUCAGAAAAAUUAUCAAAAGAAAAAUCUACCGCAGAAAAAUUGCAAGAGAUUUUUGAAUUAUCAAAUCCCGAACAACUUAAAGGAGAGUUUAGAUGUACUUUAUUACGAUCAAUCAUGUUACAAGGUUUCAUGUACCUUACGGAAAAUCACAUCUGCUUUCAUGCUUAUUUUCCAAGAGAACAGGAUAUUGUAUUGAAAGAUGGUAACCUCGCAAAGAAAACUUUUGGAAAUAGAUACGAACGGUAUCAUUUUUCACUUCAAAAUGAUGUGCUUACUUAUUACGUAGAUCCAAUGGAUAUGUAUUGUCCUGAAGAAAUCAUUGAUUUAAAAUAUGCUAUAAAAGCUGAAAGAAUUAAUAAAAAGAACGGAUUUAAGAUUAUCACGCCGAAGCGUACGUAUAAAUUUCAGGCUGAUUCACAAACUUCUAUGGAAGAAUGGAUAACCCAAUUAGAAAGAUCCAUAGUAAGAGCUAAUAAUGGUGGCGAUAACGUAAAGAUUGUUAUACCUAUUGAAAGUAUUGAAAACAUUCAAAAUAAUUUAUCCAUGAAUUUUUCAAAUACGAUACAAAUCGAUACUUUGGAACACGAUGAACGCGAAGAAUAUUUUUUUGCGUUCUUCUCGGAUAGUCAAUCUUUAUAUGAUACACUUGUUAAACUUUGGAAAGGUCACAAAUCAAAUGAUCUUAAACGGUCACGUUCAACAAACACUAGAUCAUUAUCCCCUGAACCAACCACUCCUACAUCACUCAAAUCAGACUUCAUUGCGUUAAUAAAACAUAAACGUAGUAAAAGUCAAGAACCUCCGGUUAAUUCAUCAAGGUCUAUACAAAAGCAAACAACUUUAGAACCUAUAUCGGCUUCUGAAACGACAGAUAGUCAAUGGAAUGUAACAAAAUUUGUCUCCAGGCGUGCAAGAGUAUUUUGGAAAAAUCCUAAAAAGUAUUAUAGUUCUUUUGAUGAAAAUCCUUCGGAGGAAACUCGUCAACAUUUUAGGGAACAUUUUGCCUUAUCGGAACAUGAGAAGCUUUAUGCUGCAGAUAUCCAUUUCUUUAAAAAGACAAAGGCAACCAUGUUAGGAUAUUAUGGAUUGGAAAUUCUUACAAAAGCUCAACAAGAAAUGUUUUUUGAAUUUGGUUUUGAGCAUGUAAGGGAUAGAUUUGUCGAAAUGAUCGAACUUAAAUUGAAAUUACUUGGUAAAGGAAAUAAGAAGACAUCGUCAGGAAGUUCAUCUGAUAGUCAAAGUAUGAUCAAACAAGCUAUUAUCAAGGAUCAAUUGUUAUGGCAACAAUGGUCAGAAGUUAGUCCAACACCAAAGGCAUCAAAUUUUGGUGAGAUUGGAGCGAGCGUUUCCAAAAUCGAUAAACCAUUACACAUAACGUGCCUUACUAUUGGAUCACGUGGUGACGUUCAACCCUACAUUGCGCUUGCUAAAGGUCUUAUGAAGGAGGGUCACAAAGUUAGAAUUGCUACCCAUGAUGAAUAUAAAGACUGGAUCGAAGGUCAUGGUAUUGAAUUUGGUUAUGUCGGUGGUAACCCUGCCGAACUCAUGCGUAUUUGUGUUGAGAACGGCAUGUUUACUUUUGGCUUCUUUAAGGAAGGUCUCGUUAACUUCCGUGGAUGGUUGGAUGAUUUACUGAAAACUUCAUGGGAGGCAUGUCAGGGCACAGAUGUAAUUAUAGAGUCUCCUAGUGCUAUGGCUGGCAUUCAUAUUGCAGAAGCUCUUGAUGUUGCAUAUUUUCGUGCAUUUACAAUGCCAUGGACUAGAACAAGGGCUUAUCCUCACGCAUUCGCAGUUCCAGAUCAUGAUCUCAAGUCUCCGUAUAAUUAUUCAUCUUAUAUACUUAUAGAGAACGCUUUUUGGCUCGCAAUCUCCCCACAAAUAAACAAAUGGAGGAAGGACACAUUGAAAUUACGGAGCACCAAUUUAGAGAAAAUGGAACCUUCAACAGUUCCAUUCUUAUAUAAUUUCAGUGAACGAAUUGUUCCAAAGGCAUCCGAUUGGGCCGAUUGGAUUCAUGUGACCGGUUAUUGGUUUUUAGAUAAUCCUGACCUCGGAUGGACACCACCAGAUGAUUUAUUGGAAUUUAUAGAUAAAAAUCGUGGGAAUAAAAAGCCAAUUGUAUAUAUUGGAUUCGGAUCAAUUGUAGUAGAUGAUCCACAGGCAAUGACAAAAUCAAUCGUAGAAGCCGUACAAAAAAGUAAAGUAGCAGCAAUUAUAUCGAAAGGAUGGAGCGAUAGAUUACAUCAAAAAAGAUCGGACCAGAAUGAGGAAGAAAAUUAUCCACCAUCAAUAUACCCGUUAAAAUCAGUACCACAUGAUUGGAUGUUUCCUCGGGUGGAUGCAGUGAUACAUCAUGGUGGUGCAGGUACGACAGCAGCAGGGUUACGUGCCGGUAUACCAACCAUUAUAAAACCAUUUUUUGGAGAUCAAUUUUUUUGGGGAGAUCGCAUCGAAAACAUGGGAAUUGGAUUUUGUUUGAAAAAAUUAAGCGUAGAUAAAUUUUCCGAUUAUUUGGUGAAAGUCACGACGGAUAAAAAAAUGAUUGAAAAGGCUGCAUUAGUAGGCAAAAAUAUUAGAUCAGAAGAUGGUGUAAAAAAUGCGAUACAAGCAAUCUAUAGAGAUUUAGAAGAUGCAAAACAAAGAAUCCACUCACAACGUAUCAGAACCGAUAAUAAUACUUCGACAUAUAACGUAUUUGGGAAUUUAGAAGAAAAGAUCGAUUUCAAUAAUGCCGCAAAGGCUUUAUCUUUAUCUGCCUUGAACCCUUUAAAUCAAGAUAGAAGGUUAUCUAAAUCUUUCAAAAAAUUAAUUGGUAUUGGUGCUGGAAACAUUCUAUCAAAUUCUAAUCGGGAAUUGACUGAUACUGAAAGGCAUUCAACUAUAAUUUCUAAUAUUGAAACUAUUCCUGAAAGACAACCUAUAUAA